AUGGGGUCUACCAAGGGAAAUGUGUUUGACCAGUAUCGCUGUGUCGAAGUGUACGAUGCACUUGAUGAUGGAAACAAUCAGCUUGCAGUGAAAAAGGCAGAGGCACUUUUGCGGGAUGGGCCUUUCCCGUUGGCCUCGGCACUGAAGACCGUUGCAUUGUUCCGUUUGGGACUCCGAAAGGAGUGCGAAGAAGAGGCGAACAGGCUUAUGUCUGGAAAGGUUGAUAUGAACGUCCUUUUACCGCUUCAACUCGUUUUCCCUCGGAUUGGUCGUGCUCAGCAGCUUGCUGAUCUGUAUAUUGCAGCUAGCAGUGCACACCCAGACGAUGAAGAACUGGCCGACGGCGCCGUCUUGGUUCUUAUCAAAGCGCAUAUGUUCCAGCGUGCAUUGCAGCUCAUUCUCAAAAGGUUUAAAGAGAACAAAGACCAAAGAGACUUUUGGAGAUACAUCCAAGUCUCCAUUCUCCACUCUCAACGACUUAAACCCCCGGGCUCGAAGCUGGCACUGGAAGUGGCUCACCGACUGUUGAAAGAACAGGACUUGAAGCCAUCUGAAUUCACUGAAGAGACUUUGCAUUUAUAUCUGAGUUUCUUCCUACUUCAAGGUCAAGAUCGUAAGAAAGAAGCUCUUAAAGUCGUAACAGAGCCCCAUCCGCGCGAGCUAAUUGAGAAAAGCCUAGGACUCCAGCUGUUGCUUAGGGAAUAUUGGGGCUCUUUGGAUGAUAAAGAGAGCAUUCUGAAGGACUGCCGCACUCGCCUCAUGAAUGGAGAUCGAAACUGGGCAGUAAUUUCCUUGUUUGUGAAAACAGUAGCGGAUAUGACGAACGGCUCUAUGAACACAAACGACGUUGAAUUUAUGGUACAAGUAGCAGAAAAGGACAAGUGGAUGGAUCGUGGAUCUUUCCUUGGUGUUUUGGAACUUUUCCGUCUUGCUCCCUCAAGUGAACACCACUGCAUUUGUAAGAAGAGUGUCAAUGAACUAGUCCUGAGCUACAUUGAGCAGUUCGGUGAAAAAGCUUCUUGCUUUGAGGACUUACAACCUUAUCUUAAGCUUUUGGAUGCUGCUACCAAAGAAGCAAUUGAUCAAGCUCAAAGAUCCUGCAGUUCUCUUGACAAUGAGGGAAGUGUGGUAAAGUGCAUCAACCUCGAGAAAAUGUGUCUUGCCCUCCAAACCUCUCAAGGGAAAAGCGAAACUAAAGUGUGUCGUCUAUUGGAAGAAUACACUCUUGCCCUGAAAAAUGUGCCUCUUCCUGCAACAGAAAUGCAGGUGGGUGAUGAUUUAGCUCUAAUGGCUACGAUUAUUACAGCAUCGUCGAAAGAGGGGGAAGCAGUCGAGAGAGCGGCACUCAUAGCAUCUUUUGGCACUCAGCAGAGUGAGCAUGGCUACAAGCUGCGCUUCCUUCUUAUUCGUUUGCUGCUUCGCCUUGGUUGCUUGAAGAUGGCAGUGAACCAUUACAACUCUUUGGGUCUCAAGUCCGUGCAGUUGGAUACAGUCUCUCAUUACCUUCUAGAUCGGAAUGCAUCAUUCGGAGGGUCUCAUUCAGCCGAAAUUGCCAACGAAUGGGACUCCAACACCCAACACUUCUAUGAAAUAAGCAUACAAGAGAUUCCUGAAGCUUUGGGUCGUGCUUUUGUAAAUGGAAAGUUCUCCCAAAUUUCUGAUCUUUGUGAAUUCCAAGACUGUUUGGAUAAAUCGUGCUUUAAACUCUUGCUGGAAAUUGACAUGAUUCGGGCCAAGCUGAUUAAUCAAGACCUGAUCGGUUCUGAACGCACUAUGGCAAUGGAUACGAUCCAAAAGGUGAUGCAGGUUGUCCAGACAGCGGAUGUGUCUGAUCAGCGUGAUCACUUACUCCUCCGGUCCGUGAGUGAAGAUCAAAGAGACUUAGUUUCAAGCGUAAUCUCGUGUGGACCACUCAGGAAGAAAAACUGGAUACUUGCUAUGCUUGAGGUUAUGUCUGUCUAUUUGGAGAUUCAAUCGCCGGAAAACGCAGCCGAUCUGGAAGAGCUGACCAUCGCUGAAACUACAUUGGUUGAACUGGCACGCUCUAUUAAGAGUGGCAAUCAAAUUUCGAAAGCUGCAAUUGACUUCUUCUCGAAAAUCGACAGCGAUGUGAAACAAGCUAAAACCCACUUUGAUGUGCUUCAUGCUGCUUGGAUCGGUGUUGAGGGUGCUCAAAUUCUGGAGUACGUGCUGGAAGUGAAGGGAGAGAAUUAUAAGGAAAAUUUGCAAAACUGCAAAGAAACGUUGCAAAGCAUUCUCACGUACUUAGAGAGUUCUCUUCAAAACACUAAGUGUUCGAUUACAAGUAUCCCUGAACUGGAAGGAAACGAAGACUUCGCAGGUCACUUUAAUGAGUUGUCGAAUGACAUCGCUAAAUCACGCACCGACUCUCUCAAAGAUGUGAUUCGUUCGUAUCAGCCUCUCCUUCGGCUUCUAUAA